AUGUGGGUAAGUUGCACUUUGAGGUCUGGGUUGCUCUUUGUCACUCUGUCUCCUGCCGUUGUCAAGCACAAACCAGCUGCCACCUCCAAAAGCUGCUACCCUUGGGGAACACUGUCCGGAGCUGUUGACAUGCUGUGUGUCAAGGCGGCGUGGUUCAAAGCAACAAUUCCAGAAGACCGCAUAAAAAUACGAUUAUUAAAAAAGAAAACAAAAAGGCUAUUUAUGGUAGGCUAUAGGAUUCAAGGACAGCUUCUGUCCUUCUUCAUGGAAGAUGUUUUUGGUCAACUCCAACUACAAGUUCGCAGGGAAAUACACUUUGUGGAAGAGUUUCACAGCCUUAGGCAGAAACUGAGCCGCUGUCUAAGUACGCACUGCAAAUACCGGGAGUUUGAUCCUGGAAACCUACCUAGAAAACAGUAUGUAGAGAGCUGUCUCCACACCGAGGGGGCCCAGAAACAUGAGGCUCCAUGGACAGACACCACAGCUGGUGCCCACAGUGUCCCCUGUGUGGACCGUGCAAGCCUGCUGGCUUUAGCGGAUCAGUGGGCGUGCUUGAACUCCUUGAACACGCUUUCAGCCAGCUUCAGCCAGUCUCAGACUGAGACAGGGGCUGUGCUCCCGCGGGGCUGGAGGCUGGGGGCCACGUGCAGGUUGUCGAGUCUGGGGUUUCAGCUGGGACUGGAAGGACUCUACUUCAUGGCUAUUGGGCAGUUUCAGCCAGCAGCUUGUGUGAUGGCCAACUCACUUUCACAAAGCAUCGUCGUGCACCCGCUGCUCACCGACAACACUGUGAUCUGGUGUGUUGUGAUGGUCCCCAGCACCCAGAACGGGGCUUGGACACAGGGCUCUCGAGACGGAGGUACCACAGACGCUCACGCAGUCAGUCAGUCAUUCCGUGGGGCUGAUGAGUACGGCUCUCGACAGAGGAGGCUGGGAUGGUGGCACAGCCCUCGUCCUUCCCCCGUCAGCCUGCGGGGUGAGUGGGCUCUGCGCAGGUAG